AUGGAAUUUCUUGCUUCUGCCCCACCACCAAUUAUAAAACCUAAUAUUUAUAACGUGGAUCCAAAAAAUGCGACUUUAGUUCCUUUAAACAUUGCAAUUAGAAUAUUUGUAAAACGUUUAGAAACCAACCUUAAUAAGAAAAAUGUUCAUAAAGCUGAUCUAUUAACUCAUUGGAUUAUGGUGAUAAAAGAUGAAUGGGGGAAUUUUGAUUUGAAGAAAAUCAUAAAUCGUGAAUGGAAGACUGGUGACGUUCCUAAAGUCCUGCUGCAACGUAAUUUUAGAAUAAAGAAAAAACAAAAUUCAUGGAAAAUUCAAGCUUCAUUGCUCGAAAAAAAUAAAAAACCAAAGGUUGAUAAGGACAAAAUAUUUAAACAAGAAGAAAAGGAAAUAGAAAAUAUUAAUGACAACGUAAAACAAAUAAAUCUGGAAGAUAUAACUAUCAAGGAAGUUGAAAACAAAAAGAUAAAGAGCAUUUCAUGGGCUGAUGAAGUUAACGAAGAAUUUGGAGAAUGCGAUUCAGUUUCUUCAUCCAACAACACUGAAUCUACAAAUUUAGGCGAAGAAGGAGGUGGGGAAGUGGCAGAUCAGAAAGAAUUCGCUGAUUUCAGCAUCACAAGGAAUGUGAAUGAUGAGGUUCUUGGCUUUAAUCACAAUGAUAAUUAUCCUGAAAAAUUGGCUAUUGAUGGCAUUGAAAUUAUUAAUCCUAAUGAUCCAACAACUCGCGCUAUCAACAAUAAUGAUACUAGGCCAAAUAAUACUAUAAAUCACACGUUUCAAUGGAACUGUGAUUAUGGAAAUGAUGUUUCUAUUACAGGAACUUUUGGUCCCAGAUACAAAAACUGGCAACUCAUUCCAAUGAAAAGAAAUCAACUUGGAGUUUAUGAAGUUUCAAUUGAUCUUGAAAUAGGAAGAAAGUACUUCUAUAAAUAUAUUGUUGAUAACCAAUGGAAAUUGGAUCCUGAAGUUCCAACCGACUUUGAUGAAUUAGGAAACGAAAAUAAUACGAUUAUUGAUUCCAAACUUCAUAUUUCCGAAGCACCAAAAGGAAAAGAUAAAAAACGCGGUCAAAAAUUAAAAGCUUACAAGCAACAAUUGCUUAAUCAUUCAAUAAGAUUACAAGAUGGCGAAAAACGAAUUAUUUUACAUAAAUUUGAAAAAAUAUUAGAUGGUUGGAAAAUUGUUGUUGAUAUAAAAUCAUAUUAUGACGAACUUUCCAGUUCAUUUUUAUUAUCUUCUUCGGAUUACAUAAAUAUCUAA